UCUGUCAAGCGCAGCCCUCGCCUGAGUCCCUGUCUCUUGUUCUAAGUUUACAAGAGUCAGCUUGUACUGAUAGGAGGGCCUAGUUAGCACUUGUGUUCCCAGCGGCCUAGCGUACUACCUGCUAUAUUACCUUCCAUUUUCAUAAUUUCGAUCUCUAAAAUACAUUCUACUAUCUUGCCGAGGGCCACCAGAGACUUAGGAGUGGAAUAUAAAAGCGUUACUAAUAAACAAUACACGAUGUCAGCACCAGGUCUCACUUACGGUUUCACGGGUAGAACCAGCGACGAUUUUCCUCCCUCUGAGUUCAGUUACCCGGACUUGGUGUCCCCACAGUCUUACGGCAGUCACGGCCAGGCAGCUCCUUACACAGUCGACGUUCCAUCUCACCUGGCCUCUUAUCCUGCCGAGCGUGUACAAGUAGAUAACCCUCCUGCUGCUGCCAUGCCGCCUCGGCCCUGCCGCUACGAAGAGUCUUCCUGUACGAGAGACAGUCCACUUAAUGCGGCUCCUGCCCCACAUGAUAUAGGAGACCGUCCUUCGUGUGAAUAUGCGUCUCAGGGUCUGACUUCUUUGCAAUACACCUCGUGUAUGACAGGUGCUACCCAGGGAGAGGCUUACGACUAUGGCGCUAUAUAUUUCACAGGACCAGCAGGGCCCUACAAAGUCCAACGUCAUGCAGCAAACGUGAGGGAAAGAAAACGCAUGAUGAGUAUCAACAGCGCGUUUGAAGAGCUGCGUUAUCAUGUUCCAACUUUUCCUUUCGAGAAAAGACUUUCCAAAAUUGAUACUUUAAGACUGGCCAUCUCUUACAUUGCUCUCUUGAGAGAGAUCCUUGUUUCGGAAUAUGAUCCUAUGACACACAUUGAGAAAUGCCUAAAGGGAGAGAUGAAAGGAGAGAAUUCAGGAUUAUGGAAUACCAGUGAUCUCACAGCAAGACUUUCAUGGAUCAACUGGGAAAACCUAGGAGUUAACCCUAAUCGUCGAAGUGUGCUUACCACCCUAUCCUUGACUGCUGAUUCGUUGGCGUGUCACAACGGCACGUGACGACAUAAUACUGUCAUUCACUUGUAACGUGCAAUGUUCAAUUUCAUUAUUUCAAUCUAAAAUCUUUUAAUGAACGCAUGUAUAUAAAUUAAGGAAGUGACGCGAGUAUAAAUAGUAAUAAAGAAAAGUAUAAAAGAUAAUCAUUAAAUAAUUUUAAAACAUAACCUUUCUCUACAUAUAGAACCGAACAAACUUUGUCAAUUUCAGUUGUGGCUCCUAUUAAUCUUGUACAUACAUAUAAAUAUAUAUAUACAUAUAUAACUGAUGUAAAAUGAUUUAUUUAGUAGAAGA